CUCUCUCUCUCUCUCUCUCUCUCUCUCUCUCACCAGCCCGACCCGCCGUCAGCGUCUUCCGUUCGGACCCCGUCUCUCCACAGCAGCUCCCGUAGAGAGGAGAGAGGGCGACAACAUGCCGCGGUCCUUCUUGGUGAAGAAACAUCACAGCGCUAAGAGAGCAAACUAUGGCAGACUGAAGUCCCAGCCUGAGGAGGCCCCCUGCAGCAACCAUGAAGACUCUGUGCUGCACAACGGCUUCCCCCCUCACCAUCAUUGUCCUGGCCCAAGCCCAUGGCUGCAGCAGAGAGCCCAGUCGCUCUUCUCCUCCUGUCCUCUUUCUUCCAGAGCAGACCGACUGCUUCUUCCAUUUUCUCCAUACACCUCCCCUCUGUCCUUUCUGGGCCACUCUUCAGAGGCUCGCAGUAGAUGCUCCGCAGUUGCCUACAAACCAGCUGAAUCCUGUACCAAAGUGAACCUGGGAAUCCAGUGUGUCACAGGAGACCACAGGAGGAGACAGAGCCUCGUCCCUUCAUCCCUCCCUAUCCUGGCCCUCUUUCCAGCCAUUCCUCCGGGCAGCAGCAGCAGCAGCAGCAGCAGUAGCAGCAGCAGCAGUAGCAGUAGCAGCAGCAGCAGUAGCAGCAGCAGCAGCAGCCAGGAGAGCUUUGAGUGUUUGGACUGUCAUAAAGAGUACUUAAGCUAUUCUGGCCUGACCAAACACAAGCAGCUCCGGUGUGAGUGGAGCAGUAAGAAGUACUUCAGCUGCAAGUACUGUGAGAAGGAGUACGUCAGCCUGGGAGCGCUCAAGAUGCACAUCAGGACACACACACUGCCCUGUGUGUGUAAGCUCUGUGGCAAGGCAUUCUCCAGACCCUGGCUGCUUCAGGGACAUAUACGAACACACACAGGAGAGAAACCAUUCUCGUGCCUCCACUGCAGCAGAGCCUUUGCUGACCGAUCCAACCUGCGAGCUCAUCUCCAAACCCACUCUGAAGUAAAAAAGUACCAGUGUGCGAGCUGCUUCAAGACCUUCUCCAGGAUCUCACUGCUAGCCAAGCACCAAGAGGCUGGCUGCCCGCUGUCCUGACAGCCUGUGAACUUUAACCUGCUCCAAAAUAUUCUUCUGUAGAGUCUCACUGUUGGCGGAACAACAGUGUCAUUGGAACAGUCUCGGGAGGUGUGCACAACAAAGCUGUCAUGUGAUGAAACUUUUAUUUGAAGCCUUUUUUUUUUUUCUUCAUCAAAACAAUUAUUUUACAGAUGUUUGAAAAAAUAGUGUAUUGCUACUAACAUGUAUUUUAAGUGUUCACACUGUUGCACAGAUUGAGUCAUCAUAAAUGGAACAGCCACAAAUGGA